UCCAUCACAUCUACACAAACAGCCUCCAUCUCCCAUGUGUCUGUGUUCCAGGAAGUGAAGCCUAAUUUAACAGAGCGGAUACAGGACUACGACGUGUCAUUGGACAAGGCCCUGGAUGAGCUCAUGGACGGAGACAUCAUCGUCUUCCAGAAAGACGACCCAGAGAACGACAGCAGUGAACUGCCCACAGCCAAGGACUACUUCCGGGACCUCUACCACCGAGUGGACGUUAUCUUCUGUGACAAGACCAUCCACAACGACCCCGGCUUUGUCGUCACACUCUCCAACAGGAUGAACUACUUCCAGGUGGCGAAGACGGUGGCUCAGAGGUUGAACACAGAUCCCAUGCUCCUCCAGUUCUUCAAGUCCCAGGGGUACAGAGACGGACCUGGGAAUCCUCUCAGACACAACUAUGAAGGAACUCUCCGAGAUUUGCUGCAGUUCUUCAAACCACGUCAACCAAGAAACUCUACUACCAACAGUUGAAGAUGAAGAUCACAGACUUUGAGAACAGGAGGAGCUUUAAGUCCAUAUGGCUCAACAGCCAAUACAGAGAAGAGGAGAUCACUCUCUACCCAGAUAAACACGGCUGUGUCAGGGACCUGCUGGAGGAAUGUAAAAAAGCGGUGGAGCUCUCCGACAAAGGCUCAGAGAAGCUCCGACUGUUGGAGAUAGUAAGCUAUAAGAUCAUCGGGGUUCACCAGGAGGACGAGCUGUUAGAAUGUUUAUCUCCCGCCGCCAGCCGUACCUUCAGAAUAGAGGUAUGUUCCUCCUCUCCUCCUCACAUCUCUCUGCUCACUCCUCUC